AUGGCUGCACGACUGCAAAAACGAUCAGUAUCCAAAUUACCAGCUGCCCGCACAAUUGCUGUCGAAACACGGACCGACCAGCAUGGCGCCUUGUGGGAGCACGACGCACUCGAGCCGCGUGCUGUCAAGCUCCCUGGCUUACGACGUCCGGUGCUGGUUUUUGAUCCUGUUGAGGAGAUCAAGACGGCUGAUCGAAAAUCAGUCAAGCGGGUUCGCCGCGGACCAGUCCUGACCUUCAAAUUGGUCAAGGCCUCAGCCUUGGUGGUAGCCGCCACUCUAUCUCAGCACGGGUUUGUGGCCAUUCCCCCCCAUGCCACCGAAUUCAACCUCAUCUGGGCUGGUCGGCACAUCAACCCGAUUGAAUUGCGUACCUUGUCGCAAUUCCAAAAGAUCAAUCAUUUUCCUCGCUCCUCAGAGCUAACGCGAAAGGAUCGCCUCUACGUCAAUAUUCAACGGCUACAACAGCUCCGUGGUCGCCAAGCCUAUGACUUCCUACCACGUACUUUCCUGCUGCCCGCUGAAUGGGAUGAGUACAUGGCGUGGUGGUCGCGACACCGCGUACCCAUGAUUGCCAAGCCCAUCGCUUCAUCCCAGGGCAGAGGCAUCUUCAUUGCCAGUCAGCCCGAGGAAGUGCCGAAAACACAGCAACUCGUCCUCUCACAGUACAUCAAUAAUCCUUUGCUUGUUGAAGGCUUCAAGUUUGACUUACGCAUCUACGUUGCUGUGACGUCAUACAACCCCCUGCGCAUCUACCUUUACGAGGACGGACUCGCCAGAUUUGCCACCACCCGCUACGACUCUUCAGCCCGUAGCUUUCGCAAUACAUUUACCCAUCUCACCAACUAUUCGAUCAACAAGAGCUCCUCCAGUUAUGUGGCUUGCGACGAUGAUGAUGUUGAGGACUACGGCAAUAAGUGGUCCCUUUCUGCGUUGCUACAGUAUCUCAAUCAACAGGGUGUAGAUACGGCACUGUUGAUGUCGCGAAUCGAGGAUGUUGUCGUCAAGUCAAUUGUGGCUGUGGAGCAGCCCAUCGCUGCAGCGUGCCGCAGCUACGUGCCCCAUGCGCACAAUUGCUUUGAGUUGUACGGCUUUGAUGUUUUGGUGGAUGACAAUCUCAAGCCUUGGCUGCUGGAAGUGAACCUUUCGCCCUCGCUUGCCUGUGAUGCACCCCUUGAUCACAAAAUCAAGACGCAUUUGAUUGCCGACUUCUUGACGCUGGGCAUGCUUGGGGUUUACGACCCCGUUGUGGCACGCGAUGCUGCGCUUCGCCGCAUGCGUGGCAUCCAACCCGUCAAGGAAGCCACCAAGGUAUCUUGA